CCCCCCCCCCAGGCAGUAGCGGCGGCGGCGGCAGCGGUGGCGACAUGAGCAGCGGGGCGGCGUCCGGGACUGGGCGGGGGCGGCCCCGGGGCGGGGGGCCGGGGCCCGGGGACCCCCCACCCAGCGAGACACACAAGCUGGUGGUCGUGGGCGGCGGCGGCGUGGGCAAGAGCGCACUGACCAUCCAGUUCAUCCAGUCCUACUUUGUGUCUGACUAUGACCCAACCAUCGAAGACUCCUAUACGAAGAUCUGCACUGUGGAUGGUGUCCCGGCCCGGCUGGACAGUGAGGGCGAGGGAGUCCUGGACACUGCAGGCCAGGAGGAGUUCGGUGCCAUGCGGGAGCAGUACAUGCGCGCCGGCCACGGCUUCCUGCUGGUGUUUGCCAUUAACGACCGGCAGAGUUUCAACGAGGUAGGCAAGCUUUUCACGCAGAUCCUCCGAGUGAAGGACCGAGACGACUUCCCCAUCGUGUUGGUUGGGAACAAGGCAGAUCUGGAGACACAGCGCCAGGUCCCCCGAUCUGAAGCCUCUGCCUAUGGCGCCUCCCACCACGUGGCCUACUUUGAGGCCUCGGCCAAACUGCGCCUCAAUGUGGACGAGGCCUUCGAGCAGCUGGUGCGGGCCGUACGGAAGUAUCAGGAACAAGAGCUCCCGCCCAGCCCACCCAGCGCCCCCAGGAAGAAGGACGGGGGCUGUCCCUGUGUCCUCCUGUAGCCCCGGCGGCGGCGGCGUGAGAGGAGCAACCAGCACGAGCUCUUGGGACCAGCUGCCCUCACCGAGCCUGUUUCCCCAUCUGGGUUUCCCAGGAUACACUACACCCCUAUCUGUAAUUCCUGGCUUCCUCCAGGACAUCGCCACUGUGUGCCUUCUGCCAAUAUGCCUCCUUUCCCCACCCGAGCCCCUUGUUGGGGUGAGGGGCUCCCGGGCAUCCGGAUCACUGCUGUAUAUAACUCCCCUCUCCACCCCUAGGGAAAUAAACGUCACUGCCAAUGUCAGAAAA